UUCGUCGAAGAAAUGCUCUUUCUGCAAUCAUUAUGGUGCUAGUCUUACCUGCAAAAAUGAAGGUUGCUCCAAAUUCUAUCAUUUUCCUUGUGCCACAGCCUCUGGUGCCUUACAAGAACAAAGUUCUUUAUCUGUUUACUGUAGUAACCAUCUUGGUGACGCAGCUAUGCGUGGUGAAGUAUCAGUGUGCUACACCUGUAAAAACGUUGGCGAUAUCUCAAACUUAAUGUUCUGUUCAAGUUGUGGCGCACAUUAUCAUGGAAGCUGUGUUGGUUUAGCUCAGUUACCAGGGGUUAGGGCAGGGUGGCAAUGUCGUAAAUGCCGCAUUUGUCAGAUUUGUCGCAUAAUGGGCGACGAAAGCAAAUUAAUGACCUGCGAGCAAUGUGAUAAAGUUUACCAUGCUAGCUGCCAAAGACCAAUUGUAACAUCUAUACCAAAAUACGGGUGGAAAUGCAAGUGUUGUCGAGUUUGCGGUGACUGCGGGUCUAGAACACCGGGAGCUGGUUUGUCCUCUCGCUGGCACUUGCACUACACUGUUUGUGAUUCUUGUUACCAACAAAGAAACAAGGGUUGCUGUUGUCCUAUCUGUCAGCGUGCAUAUAGAUCUCAUGCUCAUAGGGAAAUGGUUCAGUGUAGCCACUGUCGGAAGUUUGUCCAUGGAACAUGCGAUCCUGAUGCAGAUUUAGCUUCUUACCAACAAAAGAAAGACAGUAACCCAGAAUAUGAAUAUGUUUGUUCCAUAUGUAAGAAUUACACGAUGCCUCAACAGUAUCCGAUGUCUGGCAGACAGAUCACCAGCAAAAGACCAAGUACCGAAGACCCGGGAAGUCUCUCAGCUUCUCAAGAGUCUCUAUACGACGAUAUGUCUGAAUUCGAUAUGAUUCCGUCGGACGAUUCCUUUAGAAGUAUGGGUUUAGGCAAGGGCAAACCUUUUGCCAGCAAAAUAGGGAAGAAGCGAUUGGGAUACCCGACCGGGAAGCCCGGCAGGCCCAAGGGCAGUUAUGGGAAAGGUAUGCCAGGUAAGCAGGGUUUUAUGAAACGCCAAAGAUUAGGAGAGUUUGGAAGAAAGCGGGGUCCGAAAGCGAAGAUGAGGGGCGUUUUUGGAGCACCCGGUGUAGGGCUGUCGCGCCCUGUUUCAGACGGGAAAGGUGACGAUGAGCCGGGCGUGGAAAAUCGACUGGUUCUCUGCUCUGCUAAGGAUAAGUUUGUUCUUACCCAAGAUAUAUGCGUAAUGUGUGGAGCCUUAGGUACAGAUCAGGAAGGUUGCCUUAUUUCUUGUGUUCAGUGCGGUCAAUGCUACCAUCCGUAUUGCGUAAACGUCAAAGUUACUAAAGUGAUCCUGCAAAAGGGCUGGCGGUGUUUGGAUUGUACAGUAUGCGAAGGCUGUGGACAGAGAAAUGACGAGGGUAGAUUAAUUCUUUGUGACGAUUGUGACGUGUCUUAUCAUACUUACUGUAUGGAUCCUCCUUUGGAAUUUGUACCUCAUGGAAACUGGAAGUGCAAGUGGUGCGCCUGUUGCCAGACCUGUGGUUCAACCGAUCCCGGUUUUAACUCGACGUGGAUGAAUGGAUGUACUGAGUGUGGUCCAUGUGCCUCGCAUGUUAGCUGUCCCAGUUGCAGUGAUUUAUAUACUGAAGGAGAUCUUAUUAUUCAAUGUGUUCAGUGCGAAAGAUGGUUACACGGAGCUUGUGAUCUUAUAAAAACGGAACAGGAUGCAGAAAGAUGUGCUGAAGAGGGCUACUACUGUCUACUAUGCAGACCUCGCGACGUACCUCCGCCUCAUUUGGUACCACAACCGGUAACCUCGAAACCACCCACUCCGACGAAGAGCCCGGAAUCGCGAUCUAAUGCCAAUUUCUUUGUUGACGGUGUAUGUCUGAGCGAAACCGGAAAUAGCCUAAUAAAGUCGCUAUCUUUGGAGUACCACGGAACUAGGAAAAAGCGCAAGAAAUUGCCCACUCUUCAGGACAAAGAGGCUGGAAUUAUGGCUACUAUCGAAUCCGUAGUUGCAGGAGGAUUUCCAGGCGAAAACACUCUGGAAGAUACCAAGUUGGAAUUGGUUGAUUUGAAAGACGAGCCGCAAGAAAUUUAUAAAGAAGGUAUGAUUUGGACGAAGGAGGACGGGCCUCCGCCCGAGGGUUUUACUAUUUUUACAUUGGAGAGCGGAAUAUCGGUUCUCAGGAGAAAGAGGCAAAGGAACCUGCAAAAAUUGGGCAUCGGCGGCUUUCUGGUUAGAAUGCGUGGAUUGCGGACGGGUCAGGAUAAUGACGAUAUCGAUAUGUUACCUGGACAAACAAAUUCAAUCAGUGGAAUGGAAUCGCCAAUGACCCCACUACCAACAGCUAUAACAACGCCACCGAGUGGCGAUGCAGAAAAGCCGAGAAGAAAACAAAUCCGAAGAAAAAUUAAAAGUAAGCUUUCGGAGACUUUCCCGCCAUACCUGCAAGAGGCCUUUUUCGGUAAAGACCUAAUGGACAUUACCGACACUAAAAAAAUUCACAGCGGCAGUAGUGACGACGAAAAAGACGAUAAAUUUCACGGAAUGAAGUUGUCUACGGAUGAGUACAUGCCAGUGGACGUGAAAUCGGAAAAACACAGCGAGUCAUCGGGUCACAAAAGUCACGAGAUGUUAGAUUUGGAUAAGGACGAGAAAUCCAAUGCUACAAAGGAUGAUGACGAUGACAAUACUGAAGAUUUGAAAGAUGUUUUGGCUUUGUCCGGCGAUCUGUUGGACCCUGAUCUGGUGAACAGUAUUAUUAAUGAGGAAGAUGACGACUUAACUAAAAACACGGAGUUGGAAACGUUGGGAGAUGAGGGAGAAUUGUCACAAACCCUGGGAAGCACGGAAAGCUCCAAAGAUGCCAAAGAUGAACUUAGUGAUAUUUUAGGACCUCACUUUAGCUUGGAGUCCAUACAAAACAUUAACAGCAAAGACGUUGAAGACAUUUUCAAGGGCGUUUUAACUGACGAGUCGCAAGAAUCGCAACUGUCCCAAGAAACUAACAUAUUUCCUCCUAUACAAUCAAGUACGCAGGCGAUGUUCGCCGGAAGCAUGUCGCAGCCUUCGCCCGUUUCGAUUCCGCAAAUGCCGCAAAUUACGUCUGGCGCUGUGCGUCCAACCGCUUUACCGGGUGUACAACACGCCAGUUUUCCUCCAUCUCCAUAUCACUCUGAGUAUAGCAAUAGUCCACAAUUUAGUCCAGCCUUUUCCGAACCGCCUAGUCCUUGGGUGAGCAUGAGCGAGGGUGUUGAAAUUGACAGUACCAGUGUUGGAGUAGCGUCCACGUAUAAUCAACGGUCGUCGGAGAAAAUGAAAGCCGACGAAGCUUUAGGUAGUGGAGCCACCAUAUCAGCGGUACUCUACGCCAACAUGAAUCAUCCCGAAUGGAAGACUGAAUAUCCUGCGUGGUCUGACAGAUAUAAACAAUUAAUUAAAAAAUGGCGUACUCUAAGUCAAGAACAAAAGGCGCCUUAUCUUCAGCAAGCCAGAGACAAUCGAAGCCAGUUGAGAAUGAAAAAACAGCAACAGUCACAGACCGCCAAGGACUCCUCCGCCUCGAGCCCCGUACCGGGCCCGAAGCCCUCCGCUCCUCCCGUCGUUCCGGCCCUAGCCACCGCCAGCCUGCCACCGUCCGGAUCGCCGUCCAGUACGCAGGCGCCGGCCCCCACGUCCGAGGAUCAAGAAAAAAUAGUGCAACAGCAAAAGUCAGCUCGAGAAGCGGAACAGGAAAGGCAAUGGAAGCAGUUACAAGCUUUAAGACAGCAACAAGCUCAGCAACAGCAACACGUGCUGCAAGAACAGCGUGUUCAAGCUAUAGCAAGAGUUCAACGGGUACCUCAAGACUCACAAGUUUUCAUACCCAACAACCAAUCCAAUCUUCUCCAAGUAUCCACGUCUAAUCAGGAACCUAGCCCCGUAGCGUCACCCUCGCCGGUGCCCCGACAAUUCGUUGGUAUGAAAUCUCCUCCCUUCGCUCAUCCCUCUCCUCAGCCUCCUAACAUUCGUACUCCCACUCCUUCACAGUCGCCCGUUCACGAGUUCCCGCCGCCCCCUCAGCAAGGCCAAGUUGCGGAGCUUCUGAGUCCCGACUACGCGCCGCCCAGUCUUCAGCAAAAACAGCCGUUCGUUAAGCAGGCCGUGGCGUCGAACGGGAACGAACAGUUCCAAGCUCAGAAACCUCAGUUCGCUACAAUUCGGGCACCUGUGCAGGUACGCUCUGAUCAACCAGAAGUUACUCGACAACUUAGAGACUUACUGCAAAGGCAGCAGCAAUUGAAAAAUUUUGAUAUGGCUCAAGAGAAAUCGGGUCAAAGGACUCCAGAGUCCGAACUGCCAUCUUCGACUAAUAUUUCAGGAGCUGAUGGCACAUUUAGGCAACCACUGCCGCCUAGUUUGGCUCGUCCAAGAAUUCCUAUGUCGGUCGGAGCGCGUCCAAGUAUGAUCAGAAUGCAACAGCUGGAUGGAAGGCUUCAAGGUUUAGAUCCUAGGACACGACUCCUUCUUCAGCAGCAGCGAUUAUCUAACCCCAUGCCGCAGCAGCUUGCCGGCGCCAAUCGAUACGCCAGUUUGGGAGGAAAUAGACCCACUACUAUCGAACAAUACGAACAACUUAUUCAACAGAGACAAAACCUACAGAAUAAGGCCAUCAGGGUCAUUCAGAGACCUUCGUUAGCUGUGUCACAAUCGUCUGUCAUGGGUGGCGGGGCGGCAGCUUCAGGCGAUCCCUCGGGCGAACAAGAAAUACCCGAUAAUGUCACUGCCGAAUUAGAAAAGCUAGAACAAGAAACAGGAACAAUGGCGGAGCUUCAAGGUGUCAGUGAAAUACUUGGAGGGUUGGGCGAUGAUGACGACGAACUUCUUGCUGAAAUGGGCGCAGAUUUCAAUAUUCUGGAAUAUGCUGAUCCUGAACUAGAAGCACUGGCCGGUGAAAAGACAAAUAUUCUUGAUUUAGAUUUAGAGGAAGAUCACUUACGGCAGGAAAGGAAGAAGGAGGCAGCUCUAAGAAAGCAGGCGUCAACAGCCACUGAAACAACUACAACAACCACCACCACUACUUCAACUCCCACUGAAACACCAAAGCCUGCGGAAUCCAUGCCAAUUAACGCACCCCCUAAGGAGGCGGUACCUGCUGAGCAGCCUGCGUCAGAUCAACCUGAAAGCUUGUUGCCACAACAUCCUCCAGUACCACAACAUCCUCCAGUGCCACAACAUCCUCCAGUGUCACAACAUCCUCCAGCGCAACAACAUCCUCCAGCGCCACAACAUCCUCCAGUGCCACACAUGCCUGCGGCUCAACAGGCGCCACCUAUAGCCAAACCCCAACCCGCCCCUUCUUCCCCUAGCGUCCAACAACCGACUCCUCAACAAUCUCAUUUGUCCUUUACAGCGCAACAGAUCCAUCAACAGAUGCUGCAGCAGGUAGGAUCCAAAAUGUCCAAAUACGUUCAACAAGCGGCAGCUAAUGGUAAUCCAGUGCCACCUGGUUCCAAGCUUCAAACGCCAGAUGGCAUAGUUGGAAUUGUAUUGGCGAAUAACAAUGUCCAGUUGCAAAUUCCUCCCAAUCUUCAGCAGAGAUUACUAAUGCAGUUACAAAAUCAGAAACUUCAAAUGAGAACAGGCCAACCCAAUCCCCGUAUGAUGCUACCAGGUGUUAAUCAACAGCACCAAGGUAUUCCUCCUGCGCCUAACGUGCGGCCCAGAAUGGCACUGCCGACACCACCGCAACAACCUCCACAGCCUCCUCCGCCUCCGUAUCCAGGCCCACCACCGCCGUAUCCCGGAAAUGUCAUGCAACAACAACAACAAGGUGGUCUGCAACAACAGCAGCAGCAACAGCAUCAGAUGGGAUUGAGAAUGGGGCCGAGUGUCUAUCAUCAUAUGGGACACGCCUAUCCCGUGGGUCUGCCGGUCUAUCCUGGACCCCCUCCGUUUCAGAGGAGACCGCUUCUACUAGAGCAGGAACAGCCGUUGUUGCUCGAGGAAUUACUCGAACAAGAAAAACGAGAACAGGAGAAACAACAUCAAGGUCAGCCCAAUGCUGGCGAAAUUACCAACAAGCUCCAGGUACCAGAAUCGGGACCGUUGCUUAGCGACCAUGAUUUCGAACGUCUCACCGCCGAUGUGUUUAAUAACGGCCCCCCUGUAGGAAUUAAUCAACAGAGCCAAGGUAAUCCUUCUGGUUUGGGACAUUGGCAGCAGAACAGGGUUCAACCUCCCCAACCAACUAGUCAACCAACCACGGAAAUUACGACGAAAAUACAAAUGUUUAAUGCCCAUCAAACUCCUGCGCCACCGCUUCCUCCCGAAAAUAUUAUUACUGAGCAGGAUAAACAGGCGCAACAAAACUACGAACAUUGGCUGAAUCAUCAAAACAAUAUGCUUACACAGCAGCUGAGAUACUACGAGACGGAGGUUCAGAAAUUGAGGAAAAGUCGUAAGUCGUUAAACAGCAAACAAAGGCAAUUAAAGAAAUCUGGCAAUCAGCUAAACGAUGCCGACGCAAUCGAGUUGCAACGCAUUCUGGCGGAACAGGCGAUUUUGCAGAAACAGCUGGAGAUAAGCAGGAAGCAAAGUCGACAGCACGCGAUGCUUAUACAGGAGUACCGGAACAAGCAGCAGCCGAAACUGCCCGCGCCCCCGAGCGUCGGCCUAGCGUCGUCGCCCCUGGGCCCGCCCGCCUCCUCACCCAUCCAUCACCAGUCGCCGCAGCACAGCUCGCCCAUGCACAGUCCGGGGCCGGUGGUCCACUCUCCCGGACCGGGGUCGGUGGCCGCGUUGUUGCAAAGUCCGGGAGGCAACGUGUCGCCCAUGCAGCCGUCGAGGAUAGGAACGCCGUUGUCUCAAGAAGGAAGCCCUGGACCUGUGCAGUCCCCAUCACAGAUGGGCAUGCUGCCUCAAGUACAAAGGAUGACAUCUCCACAGCACAGAAGAGUAGUUACAAGUCCUGUAGGUUACAGCAAUGACAUGCGGGGCGGAACUUCCCAAAUGCGCUUUGUUAGGGCUUCCGUAGACCAUGCAGCUCUUCAACAACGCAUAAGAAGUCAAACUCCUAGUCCUAUGCAAGGUUAUUCUCCAAAACCUGGUACCCCGUCACCGUUGAAUAGUCCACCAAUAAUUCCAGUUCAGAUGACACCGCAACAACUAAUGCAGAAACAGUUGCAUCAACAGGAUAACAAUCAAACUGAUGGAAACAUAUUGCAUUCAGCUAGAGUAGCUCAAUUAAUUCAACAUAGAAAUUUGACAAGGCAGCAAAGUCAACCACCUUUAACACCUCAACAACAUCAGAUGCUAGUUCAACAGCAACUGGCUAAGCAACAACAACAGCAGCAGGCUGCCAUGCAAUUACAAGCUCGGCUCAAUCAGCAGCAGCAACAACAGCAACAGCAAUCGAAUCCAGUUCAAUCUCCAUUGCCACCAAAAAGUCCAUUACAUACGCAACAAAUUAUGUCACCUCAUUCGAUGCCUGCGUCACCUAUGCCUCCUAAAAGCCCGAUGCUGAACUUCAACCCAAAUCAAGGAAACAUGCCAAAUUCGCCUGCUUCAAGGAGUCCUUUUCAUCAAAAUCAGCCGCCAAGUAGCCCAAUGAUGCAUCAAUAUCAACCGCCAUCUUCUCCUAUGAUUCACUCCCCUCACGCGAUUAGAAGACCACCCAGUGCCAGUAGCAGCCCUGCAAUGCCAGAAAGACCAACCAGCGUAGAAAAUCCUAGUACACCCAGAACUCCUUAUAGCAUGGAUGGUUCGUUUCAAGAAAAUAUGCUUACGGGCGGUGGUAAUCCAAAUAACCCUAAUAAUCCAAUACCGCUACCGCCUCCAGGUUGGGGAAAAUUUGGAUUUUUUAAAUUAGGUCUCAGAGGCGGAGCACCGAUGUGGAGUGGGUUUGGUAGAGGAGAAAAACGAGUUCCUACUCCACCAACAAACAAUGAUACUGAUAAAGGUACGAAUGAAUCCACUUCAUCAUUAAAGUCUAAAAAAGAAUUGCAUUUAAAUAAGGUGUCUAUUUUAAAAAAGAAAUCCUUACCAAAAGGAAAUUUGAAGGGAGUUGGCGUAAAAAUUAGCUCAGAUUUUAAUGAUUUUGAUGAAAAUUCAUCUACUUCACCAUUAACUCCUCCACCUUCUGGGCCCAAUAGAAUCGUGGGCCAUAAAACAAUGCCCAAACAGGAUCUUGUAACGGAAAUUGUUGACUAUGAAGAUGAUAAUAGUACAGUGCUAUCUUCUGAAAUUUCUUUGAGUUCUGCCGCACAACAAAAUGACGACGAAUUAGAUAUGACAGAGACAUUAUCUCAAAGUGAUAUUGGGGAGGUACUUACUAGCCCUUUAGAAGCAGACCAAAUUACGGACGAUUUUAUGUUAUUUCACGAAAACAUGGUGGUCGAUAUAUCGGGAAACAUUCAAUAUUCUGAUAAGGAAGAAGUAGAAGAAGAAUAUGCGGAUAUAGUGAUUCGUAGUCCAACGACAAGCGACGACGAAUUUAUUAUGCAGGGUCGUACAAAAAAAUACAACAUACUUAAUAUCACAGAUUCUGCGGAAUCGCCAGAUCAAGAUGCAACUACCGAACCUUCUACGGAGCCCGAAGACGAAGAGCUGACACAACCUUUUGAAGAAUCUGAAGUAGUUGUUAUAGAUCAACCUGUUAAGUCACCAGAGGAGCAAAUAUCAACAAAAGAGGACUUUGAAGAAUUAAUAGACGAAGGUUCGAGGAAAGAAAAACUAAUGAAACCUGAUCCUAAACAAAUUGCAGAUUUUCACAAAUACGCAGCACCGACAAACGUGUUCAGUUUUCCACCUAAAGCGCAGGCCACAAUUAGACCCGCUAAUGUUAUUGGACCGAAUACGAAAAUGCCUCAGAAAAUUUCGCUCAUUACUACCCCGAUCAUACAGAAUUUUACAAAUAGAUCUGACGGUUCGAAGCCAACUUUGGAAACCCAACAAUUAAUUUUAACACCUACAACAAAAAUAAACACCACAGCAGCAUCAAAAUUGUCAUCUCACCACAUCAUUCUCACUCAUAAUCCAGUAAGAAGUAACAUAAUUAGUGUCGGGCCCAAAAUCGUCUCGUCCUCUCCUUCUAUUACUAUAGUGAGCGCUAGUACUUCACAGAUAGCUUCUAUCUUACCAUCUAAAUUUACCGUACCAGUCAUUAGUGCCAGCGCAGUACGACAACUGCCCAACGUAAAAGUAAUUGAUAAACCUUCUUCAUCAUUAUCUUUAACUACGCAUGACAAUAGUUUACCAAAAAAACUCUUUGAAGAUGGCUCUGUAUCUCCGGACAGUUCAAAUAUAGAUACCCUCGACGACAAAAGAAAAUCUGAUCAGGGAGAUGUAAAGCUGUUCAUGAAAAAUAACGAUUCUAAAGGAAAAUCAGAUGGAAGUAAAGAUCAGACGAAAACAAGUAUAAACGUGGAAGGCAAAAAUGAGUUUGCAGAAAGAUUAGGCCAUUCUCUACACAACAAAGUCGGGCAUAUAAUAACUAAAGAGAAAAUUCAGAAAAUGUCGAGCCCUGUAAUACCCAAGCCCUCUCCACCAGUUAUAAUUCAUCAUUCAACUCCUGAAUUAAAAAUGACUGCUCAAGUGAUACAGGAACCGCCAGCUCAUAUGCAAAUUACGGCUACUGAAACAAUGAGCGCGUUUGAUGGAUCUGCUGAAGAUAAAUCAGUUGUGAUUUCGAUACCUUCUCCGACUCCGUCACAAGAACAGAUGUUAGAUAACAUUGCAUUGCAAGCACUUGAAAAUCCGAGACGGGAAUUUGAUUCUUAUGAAGAUGUUUUGGAUAUGUUUGAAAAUAUGCAGAAUCCCGGAACACCUGAUUCAAUUGGCAGCAAGAAAUCUGUAAAAGCUGAUGGAGAGAAUUCUAAAGAAUCCGUAAGUCUUCCAAUGGCCAUAAAUGUGGCCAACAUAGCUAAGCAAAGUGUACCUCAGUUAUCACCUUUAUCUCAGCCAACAGAACUGACUACUAACAUGGCAAAUGCGUCACAACAAUUACGCACUCUUCUUUCUCUACAAACAUCAACCACUUCACAAUCUUCAAACGUAGAGACUACAAGUAAACCAAGCAGCCAAAAAAUAAUAAAUAAUCCUAACCCGGUUAUUUCGUCACCAAUUGUUACAUCUAGAAUAAUCCAACAGAUAGAAAAGCCGGCACCUGUUUUGACUACAAGCAGUACUGUAAUUGUACCAAAUACAAUAAAACCAAAAGUUGCUUGCAGCUCGCCUAAUAAAGUUAUUCAAACCCCUCGAACUACAAUAAGUUCUGUUCCACCACUUAAUGAAAGUAUACUUACCAAUAAGACUGUAUCUGUUACUUCGGAUCAAUCAAAAUUAUUAGCUAUUGUGUCCACUCCCACGACUACCUCAAAACAACCAACUACGACAAAUUCAAACACGGAUAUAACUAAAAAAGCAUCGUUAACAUUAACGGCUAUGCUUCAAAACCAACCGGCUGCUACCCCAUCUACAAAACCUUCCGCUGAUACCAUAACAGCGGCCAGCCUUCUUGCUACUCCUAUCAGUUUAUCUCCCACCAGAUUUUCAACAGCUCUAGCGCAGGCUCAACCAAAUGCCAUUAUCGCAGCAACCGCAGCUGCUUUGACCAGCAGUUCUCCAGUGAAUAGUAUAUCUACAAGUUCAGUGAUUACUUCUACAACUAAUUUGCUUCAUACCCAACUUACCAAAGCUAGAACAAAGUCUCUUGAUGACAUAAAAGACUUAAAGGAAGAUAUCAAGACAGAAUUAAUAGAUAGCGAAGUUGGAACGUUUAAACAAGAAUUGGGCGCUUUGAAAUUUUCAUCUUCGUUGGCUAGUCGGGGGGAAGACUCGCAAAACGCAUUGUUAAAGAAAUUAUUACAAAAUACAGCAUGCGCCAGUACUCAGUCGCCUCCGCCCAAUAGUACUAGUACUAUUACUACUUUAGCUUCUUCGAUCGAGUCACAAAAAUCUAACCCACCGACUCUGUCGUCACUUCUGCCUCCAGUUAUCAAAACUGAACCGCAAACAUCAACCGCUACCACUCAAACAAGACCUGCGCUACAAAGAAUGCCUCCUAUAAGAGAAACCUCGUUCGUUUCUAGUCCUGUAAUUCAACAACCUCAGAUCGCCACGUCAAGUUCUACGACUCCCACUCAACAAUUACACAUUGACAUUAAGAAAUGCGCUCCUCCGAGUAGAUCCUCUAGCAGAGACGAUUUGUUAUCUCCUCCCACACCGAGAUCAUCAUGUAGUCAGGAUUCCAGCUUGCAGACUCCUCCUUUAAUCAUCAAAAAGGAGUUUCCAAUAUCUCAAAAUAUUUUAAUGGAUGUUAAGAAGGAAUUGUUAGAUGAUACUUCGCAACAUUCAGAAGUUUCUGAUCAAGGAAAGUCUGAAAUCCAGAUUAAAGAUGAACUGGAUGUUGGAGACAGUAAUUUAGAUAAACUGAUAUUGGAUAAGGAAGAAUUAAAGAAGCAGAAAAGGAGAAUGUAUAAUCAGAAGAGGAGACAAAAUCAAAUAAUGAAUAAAGAUUUAAAUAAACCAAAUAAACGAGCGCGUAAAAAUUCUAAAUUAGAGGAGGAUUACGAUUCUUAUAUCGAUGGUGUAUUGGCGCAAAUUAGACAGCUACCUCCUAUGUCUGUAUCUGAGCCGGUUUUAGUUCGAAACUAUGGAGUUAUGCCAAUAUUUGGAAGCGGGGAUUUGUCUAAAAUAGGGACAAAGUGUUACGAUUCUCGGAUCGGAGAUUUAACAGGAGCCUACGGAAAUGCUUUAGUUCCGGGAUUUGCCGAUUUUUAUAGCACUAAACCGUAUGGCGAUGACGAACCCCUACCUGAGUUACCGCCAGCUUCAACACAACGGGGAUUUUACGAUCAAGAAUUCCCGUUGAUUCGCUUUGACACAGAGGACGAUAAAAAGUUCGAUUUGUUUUCCCGAGAGGAUACUCCAGACUCAGUCGUCAGUAGUUCGUCUCCCGAACACAUGCCAUGUGAUAUUUCAGAUAAAUAUUUUGGUUUGAAACUUAUCAGCGAUGAUGAGGACGAAGAUGUUUACAUAAAAUCAGGUAGAAUGUCGCCCGAGAUCGCUAUCAUUAAACCUAUUCCGAUCCGAUUAAAACCUGCCGGCUUGUUCUUGAAAGACUUUAAGAUAGAUCCGGAGGACAAAGAGAAUAUCUGCAAAGAAUUGAGGGAAGAUAAAUUGAGACCGGGUUCGUCGCCCUCCACCCCUCUCAAAGAAAACGAAAACAUUAAGGUUACGUUAACUUUAACUUCAGCGGCCGCGGAGGAUAUAGUGGGAGUUUUAAGAGAUCUGGCUAAUAUAUUACAAAUUCCUGCGCCUACAACAUAUCAGAUAGUGGAUCGAACAUCUUCUGCUACUGGUCAAAAACUGGGAAUGUAUAGGACGAAAGGAAAGGAUGGGAAAGAAGGAACUCCGAUUGAUAUUCAGAGUAUUCUAAAUGGGGCGGCUAAGUUCUGCAAGCAUUGUGACGUAGUGAUUUUGAACAAUAUGAUAAGAAAGAAAGUGUCGGACUUGCCAUUCCUGGCCAAAGACUCGGACUUGCUGAGCGAAGGAGACGAACUUUAUUUCUGCAGUUCCACUUGUUAUAUGCAGUUUGCUUUGAUGCAUCGCUCCCCAUCAAUAUCAGAAGACAAGGCUGCCGCAAUAAUCGAUCAUUUAUCGCAGAAAGACAAGCAUUCCACCAAACCCAAGUCAAUUCUCUCAGAACCCAAUGACCACAAAUCCGUUAUAUCUAACCGAGCGUCCUUGGAUAUAAAAGAUGUCAAAAUGGAAGAUCCGCCUUCGUUUACGUCAUACUUUCAGUCGUCGUUAAAACAGGGCAACAAAUUGGGAUUGGUGAAGGUUCAGGACUCUACAAAAGUUCACAGGAACGUUUCGUAUAAAUUCUGGGUUUUGGGUUGCUUGCAGCCUAAUCAGAAACGUAAACGUCUAACGGAUAAGGAAAUGAUGGAGAUGUUGUAUCAAAUGGGCAUUACAGUAACUCCGCCUAAGAUACCCGAAGAUACGCGGAGGUGCAUGUUUUGCCAAGUUAUCGGAGACGGUGUAGCCGAUGGUCCAGCCAGACUACUCAAUAUUGACGUCGACAAAUGGGUCCAUUUAAAUUGUGCCCUGUGGUCGGACGGGGUCUACGAAACGGUCAACGGUGCCUUAAUGAACCUGGAAAACGCCAUCCAGCAAAGUCUCACCUCCAUCUGCGUACACUGCAACAAAUUGGGCGCCACCAUACGUUGCUUCAAGACGCGCUGCUGUAGCGUUUACCAUCUGUCGUGCGCGGUUCGGGACAGCUGCGUAUUUUUCAAGAACAAAACUGUUUUCUGUACGGUCCACGUGCCGAAGAACGAGAAAGACAACGAACUGACAACGCUGUCGGUCAGCAGGAGGGUUUAUGUGAACAGGGAUGAAAAUCGACAAGUGGCAGCCGUGAUGCAUCAUUCGGAUACAAACCACUUGCUGAGAGUGGGCAGUUUGAUAUUCCUCAAUGUGGGUCAGCUGUUGCCUCAUCAGUUACAGAACUUUCACACAUCGAAUUAUAUUUAUCCUAUAGGUUACAAAAUAAUUCGGUUUUACUGGAGCAUGAGGUAUCACAAUAAAAGAUGUCGAUAUAUUUGUUCGAUCCACGAUAGUAGCGGUCAUCCGGAAUUUAAAGUAUUGGUACAAGAAACGACGGAAGAAGAUGUGGAGUUUAAGGACCAGUCGCCGAAAGCAGUCUGGAAUCCGAUUCUGGAGAAAAUCGCUACUAUUCGCCGAGAGAACAAAUGUUUACAGAUGUUUCCCAAAUACAUAUCGGGAGAGGACUUGUUCGGAUUAACUGAACCUGCAGUUGUGAGAGUUUUAGAAAGUCUUCCUGGAAUUGAUACCUUAUCUGAUUAUAAAUUCAAGUAUGGCCGAAAUCUACUUCUUGAACUACCUCUAGCUAUAAACCCGAGCGGAGCUGCUCGUACAGAACCUCGUUUACGGCACCAAACCCACUGGAAACGUCCGCACACCCAAAGAACGACCGGCACGUCCAGACCAGUGUUCGGUCCCAGUUCGAUAGGCCCUUCCACCCCAACGAGCCUGGGCGAAAUGGCGUGUCCUUACAGCAAGCAAUUUGUGCAUUCGAAGAGCUCCCAAUAUAAGAAGAUGAAACAAGAGUGGAGGAAUAACGUGUAUCUUGCAAGAUCGAAAAUACAGGGACUGGGUUUGUAUGCGGCAAGAGAUUUAGAGAAACAUACUAUGGUCAUAGAAUACAUUGGCGAGGUGAUCAGGACCGAAUUAUCUGAAUGCAGAGAAAAACAAUAUGAAGCUAGGAACCGAGGUAUCUACAUGUUUAGACUGGACGAUGACCGAGUAGUUGAUGCUACACUUUCCGGAGGCUUGGCUAGAUACAUCAACCACUCAUGUAACCCAAAUUGCGUCGCAGAAACUGUCGAAAUCGACAGAGAUCUGAAGAUUAUUAUUUUCGCCAAGAGAAGAAUUCAGAGAGGCGAAGAAUUGGCUUACGAUUAUAAGUUUGAUAUCGAAGACGACCAACAUAAAAUAUCGUGUAUGUGUGGAGCACCCAACUGUCGAAAAUGGAUGAACUAAAGAAAACCUGAGCAUGAACAUUCCAUAAAAUACCAUGUUGAUGAUGUUUAGCCGUAUUUUCAGAAUAAGAAGAUUCCGCUUUUAAGAUUUGUUUCCACUGAAAUUCAUGAUGAAUAUUUUCCUAUACUGAUUUCUUCUAGCGCGAACGAAGGAGUGAAGUGCAAUAUUUGUUAAUUUACCAGAAUAUUUCGCUUUUAUUUUCCGAUUCUGGAUAACAGAGAUUUAGUUGUUUUAUUUAGCUUUAUUUCUUGUGUACAUAUUUAUGUGAAGCAUUCGUAAGCGAUGUUCUUUUUACUAUUUUUUAUUUAUUUAAUAUUUUUAAAGCUUAAUUACUAGGCGAUUUGUUAUCGAUUUAUACACAUAUAUGAAUGCCCAAACUCGGCUCCGACGAGGGAAAGUAGGACGUGGUUUAUUAUUUUGUUGUAUAUUUUUAUAGUUGUUUAAAAAAUACAGCCGAUUGUUUAUAACAUUCGCGACAAUACGUACAGUGAGGAUUUUUUAGCUGUAUUGAAUAAAUACUAUUUUAUUUUGUAGAAACCUGACAAUCACUCAAUGUAGCAUAAUGCCAUAUUGCAUUUUGUUGACAAAGCGUUUCUAAUAAAAAUGUAGAAGUAUAGUGUACAUAUAUUAUGUAUAAAAAUAAAAUAAACACUUUUUUAAAUUUAUACACUUA